UCCAAACGCAGGUUUCUACCGUGGUUCCUACCGGAAGUGACGUCACUCGCUGCGUCGCGUCUUCUUUUUGUCGUGUGGUAGCAGCAACCAGAGCCAUCAAAGAUGACUACAGCUGCAAGACCGACAUUUGAGCCGGCGAGAGGAGGGAGAGGUAAAGGAGAAGGUGGAGGUGAUUUGAGUGCCCUUUCUAAGCAGUAUUCCAGUCGAGAUCUUCCAGGUCACACAAAGAUCAAGUACAGGCAACCUACCCAGGAUGCCCCAGAGGAGGUGCGUGCCCGUGACUUCCGCAGGGAGCUGGAGGAGAGGGAGCGUGUAGUUGCACGUGAAAAGACCAGAGAAAGGGGACCAAGAGAGCACACCACAUCAUCAUCAUCUUCGUCGUCAUCUUCAAAGAGGCCCAGACUGGAUCAGAUCCCAGCAGCCAACCUUGAUGCUGAUGACCCUCUCACUGAUGAUGAUGAGGACGAGGACUCUGAGGAGGACAGUGAUGACGAUGACACUGCAGCUCUUCUGGCAGAACUGGAAAAGAUCAAGAAAGAGCGAGCCGAAGAGCAAGAACGAAAGGAGCGGGAGCAAAAGGCAGAGGAGGAGAGGAUUCGCAUGGAGAAUAUCUUGAGUGGCAAUCCAUUGAUCAAUUUGGCAGGGCAGCAGCAGCAGCAGCUACAGCAGCAGCAGCAACAGCAGAUGACCCAGAGUCAGAAUACCUUCAGAGUGAAGAGAAGGUGGGAUGAUGAUGUUGUUUUCAAAAAUUGCGCCAAAGGAGUCGACGACCGGAAGGAGAAACGCUUUAUCAAUGACACACUUCGCUCUGAGUUCCACAAGAAAUUUAUGGAAAAAUAUGUAAAGUAAAGAACUGUGUCUGUUAACGUUAUUAUUGUUGUUUUUUUUCAUCUCAUCUCUUUGGUCUCCGCCCUACUGUUGCCCUCUGGCCCAAAAACAAUGGAUGGUAUUUAGAUACAUUCUGUACUCAUGCGUUAGAAUGUGUACAGCCAGCACAUACAAUGUUGUAUAUAAAUGAGUUGGUGAGGUCAUCCUUUAAAUAAAGCUCAUGAAAAGGUGAUUGAAA